GUUUAAUUCAUUUCUUAAAAUGAACACUUAUCAGUGGUUAUCAUUUUGUUUCUGUAUUUAAAAUCUGUCUCUCACUGAUGUGACGGCAGACGAGCUUAUCUGUUUUCCUGCUUACAUAUUAAUAUGAAAAGAUGCAGUCUCGACUGCUCCAGAUGUCUCUGCUCGCGGAUACCCUCGGGGCCAUCGCUAUACCCCGCGCGCGCACCUGUCACACACUGCUCCCGAGCUCGAUCCAAGCCGGAGUGAGUGAGAGCGUGUCAUUCAGCGGCUCCACCCCUCCGGUAACUACACCCCGCUCAGAACCGACCAAACCCGCACAUCAGACACAUUCACCGUUAUACAGGUAUCCCCCCAACGUCCCUACCGUGGCGAAAAGUUAUUUAAGGUGUUUAUGUUGGGAUUUUAAGGGAACUUACGUGGACUUGGUAGGGUCUAAAAGAAAAAAAAUGAAAGGGAGGAUUAUGAAGGAUGUCUUGGGGUUCGAGUCGAGCUGGACGUACUGGACGCUGUUUUUUCUCUGCGCUCUCGUGCCGCUCCCAGUGCGCUCAGAUAUCACUUGUGCCUCGUGCUUCGCACCAAUACGCCGGAAUGAAGCGCACGCGAAGCCAACAGCUUUUAUCAGCCGUGAUUUUGGAAGUGCACCGGACGGCAGCACUGAUAAAAACUGGAAAUGGAGACUUGAUGGAACUCAACUUUCCCCCGAAGCGCACAAAAAGUCUCCUUUCGUGUCCUGGAGAGAGAAACUGCAGAACGCGCACAUAUCCAGAGCGGAAUGGACGAGCCCAGCUGAAGAAAAAGACGGAAAAGUUUAUCCAACAGAGGAAACCAAAGUGAACAGGAGAGAAAAGCGCAGUCUGUUUCCGUCUGACAGCGCGGCCGGUUCUCGGUUCGAGUUCAGGCGUACCGGAGGAGUUGACGGUACCGGGAAGAGCCCGAGACAGAAUGAGCCACACCUGAUCACGUCAACCUUUGCGCUGUCCGGAGAUUCGGCUCAUAAUCAGGCCAUGGUGCUGUGGUCCGGACACAACAGCAGCGUGAUCCUGAUUUUGACAAAACUGUUCGACUUUAACCUGGGAACCGUGACGGAGAGUUCGCUAUGGAGGUCAGUAGAUUUUGGGACGACAUAUGAGAAGCUGACAGAUAAAGUGAUGAUCAGAACGAUGCUGAGCUAUCUGUACGUCUGUCCAACCAAUAAGAGGAAGAUCCUGAUUUUAUCUGAUCCAGAGGUGGAGAGUAGUUUACUUAUCAGUUCUGAUGAAGGAGCCACUUUUCAAAAGUUCAAUAUUAACUUCUAUAUCAUGAGUCUUCUGUUUCACCCUACUCAGGAGAAUUGGAUACUGGCCUAUAGCCAUGAUCAGAGGCUUUAUAGCUCGGUGGACUUCGGUAAAAAGUGGAUUCUUGUUCAUGAGAGAGUUACUCCGGGGCGAUUCUACUGGGCGCUGAGUGGUCUGGAUAAAGAGGCAGAUUUGGUGCACAUCGAGGCUCGAACUGACAGUGGACAAAUGCAGUAUAUUACCUGCCGAGCACAAAAGUGUUCGGAGGAGGGUAGGCAGUAUCCAUUCAGCGGCCGAAUUGACACCAACUCACUUGUGGUGCAGGACCAAUACAUCUUCUUACAGUUAACCACAGCAGGAAGAACUACAUACUUUGUGUCCUAUCAGCGAGGGCCCUUCAGGACCAUACAGCUCCCUAAAUACUGUCUACCCAAAGACAUGCACAUUGUCAGUACAGAUGAGGGGCAAGUGCUGGCAGCAGUGCAGGAGUGGAACGAAAAUGACACCUACAGUCUGUACAUCUCUGACACACCUGGAGUCUACUUCACUCGCUCGCUCCCAAACCUCCGUACCUCCCGAGGCCUCGCAGGAAACCUCAUUGUGGAUGUCUACAAGGUGGCGGGUGUCAGUGGACUGAUCAUAGCCAAUAAGAAAGAAGACGCACAGAUGAGAACAUAUAUCACCUACAACAAAGGCCAGACAUGGAGCUUACUACAACCUCCGACAAAAGACACCACAGGACAUGACAUCAACUGCAACCUGCCGUCGUGCUCCCUGCACCUUCACCUGCAGAUGUCUGAAAACCCCUACACGCCUGACACCAUCUCCACCAAACACUCCGCUCCAGGGAUUAUAGUGGCCACAGGAAACACUGGGCCAGAGCUUUCCUUCUCUAACACAGGAAUGUUCAUCUCCUCUGAUGCCGGCAACACAUGGAGACAGAUUUUUGAGGAGGAGCACAGUGUCUGGUUUUUGGACCAUGGAGGGGCUUUAUUAGCUGUUACACAAUCUGCUGUACCAACACGCCAUUUAUGGAUUAGUUUGGAUGAAGGCCGGCAGUGGGACAAACUCAGCUUUUCGUCUACACCCCUAUUUGUCGACGGGGUUUUGAUGACUCCAGAGACUGAGAAUCGCAUCAUUACAUUCUUCGGGCACUUUAGUUACCACUCCGACUGGCAGCUGAUAAAGAUUGACUACAGCUCCCUGUUUGGGCGGAAAUGCACAGACGGAGACUUUCAGACGUGGCACCUGCAUAACAAGGGUGAGGUGUGUGUGAUGGGAGAGAGACAGGUGUAUAUGAAGAGGAAGCCUGGCACACGCUGCACUCUGGGUCGGGAAUAUUCUCGAGUUGUUUCAGCUGAGCCCUGCAUCUGCACCCUCUAUGACUUUGAGUGUGAUUAUGGGUUUGAGAGACAGGCCAGUGGAAAAUGUGCACCUGCAUUCUGGUAUGAUGUCAGUUUACCAGCACACACCUGCAGCCAUGGACAGCGCUACCGCAACAGCACAGGGUACAGGAAAGUGCUGUUGAAUAACUGUAGAGAGGGUCUGAAGGAUACACUGAGUCCCAGAAUGCAACAGUGUAAACCCAUAGCACCCGGUGGCCUACAGCUGAGCACCAUCAACUCUCAGCUCACUGCUGUUCUGGGAACCAACAUCACCUUCAGAGUAGCAUUGCAAAAUGGUGACUCACUGUCUACAAGUCUCCAUGUGGACUUUGGAGAUGGCAUCUCGGUGUCAUACUCCAAUAUAAGUCGCCUUGGUGACAGCAUCACACACACGUACAGGGUCGCUGGGAUAUUCAGGGUCACCGCACGUGCUCAGAACAGUCAUGGGUCUGACAGCAGCUCGCUCUAUCUGCACAUCACUAGUCCCUUGGAGCGUAUCUUUCUUUCGGCACCGGUGGUCGUCAUCAGAGGAAAAGAGGCCAACUUGACAGCAGUGCUGUGGCCCAGUCAGCCCAGGACUGCUACCUUCUACUGGUGGUUCAAUAACAGCACAGAGCCACUGAUCACACUGGAAGGAAGCGUUGCGCACACGUUCAUGCGAGAGGGACCGAACUCUGUCACCGUACAGGUGUCGGCGGGAGGCACAGUCCUACAGGAUGUGAAAAUCAUCACUGUCAAAGACUUCUUCCGUUCUUUACUGCUGUCGUUCUCUCCCAACCUGGAAGAGCACAACCCGUCCGUUGCUGAAUGGAGGCAGGACGUGGGGCGCGUUGUCAGGGCAACGCUCUCUCAGGUUUGCGGCUUCCCUGAGGACCAGCUGUUGGUCUCUGUGUUUCCUGGAUCUCCAACUGCUGCUGAACUCUUUAUCCUACCCGAGACAAACCAGUCAGCAUUCAGAUCACACACAGAGGAGCAGUUCGAUAAGAUGUCGGAGGUCUUCAUGAACGCUUUAAAUCAGAACCUGAUCCAGUUUGAUCUGAAGCCUGACACACGGGUCACUGUGUCUGUGUCUCAGCUCACACUGGCACCUCUGGUGGACUCCAGUGUUCUCCCCAGUGGCUCUGCCAUGCUGUUACUGGUUUCUCUGGGUCUGGUGGGAUUGGCUAUUCUCUUCAUCUACAAGUUCAAACGUAAAAUCCCAUGGAUCCAUGUGGAGACAGAGGACACCCAUGAGAAGGAGCCAGAGAUGAUCAGCUCUGUCGGACAGGAGAAGAACGGCACGCGUACAACAGCCACUUCAUUCACAACAUGCAGUGCACACACAACACACACACCAUUUCCCUCCAACACCGGAACACACAACAGCUUCAGCCAUCUGCCACCUCCAAGAGACCUGAUGGAGAAAGAGCUGGAGGCUCACAACACUGGAGGCCUUGGGGUUGGAGAGCGGCAAAGGACAAGACAGAUUCCAAACUGCACCAAUGUCUGAAAUGAUGAAGGAAGGUUUGAAGAUGAUAUCAAUUGUAUUAGAUGUAUAAUUAUACUUUUUUCCCUUAACUUUUCCUGUUGUUGUGGUGCUUAUGCCUUUUUAUUAUAUUGUGGUGUUUUACAUUUGAGCUCUAUAAAUGAACAAUUCCUUAAGUGGUAAUAAAGGUAUUUUUAAUUACAGAUUAAACAAAAUCUCUAUCAAAAACAGUAGAAUUAUACUGUAUAUUAUAUCAGCACUUAAGGAGUAGUUUCUGUCACCCCAAUACAGUUCUUUCUUAAAAUGACGAUCAGAGAAACUGAUCUAAUCUUCCUAAGCAGGGACUCCAAAUUCCUUUUGUAAAAGUAAGAGAUCAUUCUCCGCAUGCUACCUUGUAGAUAAAUUAAGAUUAACUGCCUCACAUUUGUAAAACAGCUCACUUUUAGAGUUCCCAAAUCAUAUAUGUUACACUUUCAUACGGAAAAAUCAAUAUUUAAUCAUUUGAAAUAUGCUUAUAGCUUUAUGUAUGUUUAUAUUGAUGCUUACCUCAUCUGAAUCAAUGUUAAGAGGUCAUAUAAGGAGCAUGGUUUUAGGAUCGAGUAGAUGUACAUGGCACAAAUAGAGGUUGGUACCUUCAUCUGUGUAGAAGUCUCAUCUGCUGAACAUGUCCAUUUGUGCCUUGGCAAUGUGUAUUACUAUUGUAAGAUGGCAACAUAUUCUUAAUUUGGUUAGUAUUCACGAUACUAUAUUCCUAGAAGUAUACUCAUUUGGAGUGCAUGUUUCAUCGCUACUAAUAGCUAACAGCCAGUUUUAUAUUCGACUGUGAACUGAAAGUCACUUCAAUCUGA